AUGUUCUCUAGAAUCAAGGGCGCAAUCGACCGCGGCAUAGCCGAGGAGCAAGCUCGCCAGAAAGCCUUCUCUGAUCAACGAUCCAACACCGCCUCUCCGUCUGCCUCUGCCUCUGCCUCCACCUCCCGCCCGAGAUCCGUGUCGAGGAACAGCAGCACCAACUCGCCCGCCAAGCGGAAGGCGAAGAAGCCCAGUCAGGAUGUAUCGAGUAACGACAGCGCCGCAGAUCCCGACCCUGCCAUCUUCGAAGCUGCCUUUGUCCUGGACGAUGACGACGCCGAUGCGCCGAGCCGAGCCGGCACCCCAAUGCCUCCUCCACCUUCCAAGGAGCCGAGGAACGAUGCGGCGAGUGAGGACACCGAGAAGAACAAAUCAGCCGGAGAGCACAAUGGCGAGAAGAAGGAGGCUGGCGCCGAGUCAGAUGAAAAGUCCAAAGACGCCCCAACUGCUGCGCCAGCAGAGUUGCCCCCACAGGUGAAGACCAGGUUGCGGAAGUUGGAGAAGCUGGAGUCUACUUAUCCCGAGCUUCUACGGUCUUACCGAAUCGCGCAUGGACGCGCCACCUCCAUCGAGCCCUUCGAACGGGCUUUGCGCGAAAACACCCCCUUGACCACGAUUAAGGAUCCGGCCGCGCUAGUCGAGUACCUCAACCAACUGAACCUGAAAGGCGAUAUGAUCAUGGACGAGUUCAAGCGUGUGUCGGCAGAGAAGGAGACUUUCAAAAAGAAGUUCGACGAGGCCGAUAAGGAGCUAGCCACACUGAGGGAUGAGGUCGCUGCGCUGAAAGCUGCCAAGGCGGAAGCGGUACCGGCGGAGGCGGAGGCGGAGGUGGAGGCGAAGGCGGAGGCGAAGGGGCGGGCAGAUAUCAGUUCAGCUGACAAGAAGAGCAACGAGGAGACGACGCUGCAACCCACCUCGCCAUCGGCAAGCAAAUCACCGGUAUCGUCCAUAUUAGGGGUCUUCUCCCCAAGGCAAACCCCAGUUUCCACUAACGAGAGCAAGGAUGCGAGCGAAGACAUGUUUUCUUACGACGAUGAAAUUCCACAACUUCAGGCCGAGGUCGCGUCGAAAUCCGAAGAAAUUGCGAAACUCACUUCCGAGGUGAGCCUAUUGAAGGAGGAAUUGUCCGUCGCAAAGGAGAACAGUGCUGGACUGGUCGAGAGUCUCGAGAAGGCUACACGCGAACUGAGCGAGUCGAGAGACAACGCUGCCGUCCAGGACUCUGUCCAUACCCAGUUGGACGCAAGGAAUAUCGAGGUCAAGUCGCUCACAGAAAAGCUGGAAAAGCUGGAAAAGACACAGUCACAACUACGAGAUUUAGAAGCGAGCCUUCUUAAGAAGAAGUCUGGUACAGCAUCCGCGGUGAAGGAUCAAGAAUCGAAGUUGGAAACCUCCAAUGCCCAGAAUACGAAACUCGAAGCCGAACUGAAGGAGCUCCGCGAAGCGAAAUCCCAAUUGGAAAGGAAGCUGGACGUCUUGAAUGGCGUGCUCGAAACGUUGAAGAAGUCGCAAUCCGAGAGUGAGAGCAGGAUCGGGGACUUGAACAAGCAGAUUCAGUCAGCGCCGAAUACAGCGGCAUCGACAUCACUGGAAGUCCCUGCUGCGGCUGGCACACCCGCGGCUGGGGGGUCCAAGAAAAAGAAUAAGAAGAAGAAGAAGGGCGGCGCUUCGUCUGCAGCGUCCGAAGCUACCCCUAGCGAGACUUCUGAGCAACCACAGCCGUCUCCUCUCGAGAGCCCCGAUACGGAGGCUCUUCGAGCGGAAGUCACGCAGCUCAAGGACGAGAUCACACAGAAAGAUACCCAGAUUGAGCGGCUCUCAAAACAGAAAAAGACUGAAGAGGAUCUGCGAGAGGAGAUCGAGAACAUGCAGGAGAAUCUCAUCAACAUUGGCCAAGAUCAUGUCGAAGCCAAAGAGAAGAUCAAGAGCCUUGAGUCUGAGAAGGCGGCGCUCCAAUCGCGAAUCUCAGAACUGGAAAAGGAAAUCACCUCCCAUACAGCUAAUGCUGAAACCAGCUCCAAGUUGAAAAUCGAGUUCGACUCCGUGAAAGCUGAGUACGACGAGCUCAAGAUCAAAUCACAGACGUUGCAGUCGGACCUGGGAGCAGCUCAGCAGCUUGCCCAAAGCCGCUACAAGGAUCUUACGGAUCUGCGCGAAGUCUUGACCAAAGCCCAGCCCGAGCUCAAGAGUUUGCGACAAGAGUCGGCUACGUUGAAAACAACCAAGGAGGAAUUGGCUGCCAGGCAGAAUGAACUGCGAAACCUUGAGAAGCGAGAGAAGGACCUCAAGAAUGAAGUCAGCCGUGCGCAGCACUUGGCUUCCGAUCGUGAAUCCGAGAUGAGGUUGCUCAAUGAAAGACUUGCCGCGGAAAAGACAUCGCGUGCCAAGCUGGAGGAUGAGAAGAGAACGGCUGGUCGCGAUUACCGCCGCUCUGAAGCCGAGAAGGUGGAGAUAUCCGCCAAGGCAGAAAAGGCAGGCCGCGAGCUCGAUUCGCUGCAGUCGGAGCUUGCCGCCCUUCGUCCAAAAGUCAAACAACUCGAGGACCAGGCUGCGAAGCUGCAGAAAGAGAAGGAUGCCAUCAAGGAAGCCAGCGAGCUCAAGGCUCAGCAAUACAACAACGCACAAGGCCUUUUGGGUUCCAUGCGUGAUCAAACAGCGGAGCUGUCUGUGCAGCUGAAGGAGGCCCAAGGCCAAGCCGAGAGCUUGGAAGAGGAGCUCGCCGAGGUGCAGAAGCAUUUUUCCGAGCGCACACGCGAGGGCGAGACCAUGCGGCGCAUGCUAGCUGACGUCGAUGAGCGUGCAGACGCCAAGGUUCGUGAGAUACGGUCUAGAAUGGAGGCAGCAGUCGAGGAGCGUGAUCGUAUAGAAGAUGAAACUUCCACGCUGGCGCGUCGCCGCGCUCGCGAGUCCGAGGAGCUGAAGAGCAAGGUCCGCGAGUUGGAACGCGAAGUCAAAACUCUUGCCAACGAGAAAGACGACCUCGAAGCCCGCGAGAAAGAAUGGCGUCGCCGCCGUGAAGAACUGGAGCAAGUCGAAGGGAAAGCCACGGCCGAAGUGGAAGAUAUGCGCUCAGCCGUCUCAAACCUGCGGUCGGCUCUCGACGCUUCCGAGCAACAAGUUCGCGACGCAGAAAAGCAACGAACAGACCUACGCAAGCUUCUCGACGAGGCCAGAGGUCGCUACGAAAAAGCGAACAAGGAGCUCAAGACCGUGCAAGCCAAGUUCGGCGCCAGCAACGCUACCAACGUCGCGAGCAGUGGAAGAUCUAGUAACGAUUCCACGAGAAGCGGCCUCAAUGGUUCCCCUGCUCCGGGUGCAUCUGCAGCUCCGGAUACCAUGUACUUGAAGACCAUCUUGCUGCAGUUCCUCGAGGUGAAGGACGAGAAAGUCCGCUCACAACUGGUACCGGUGCUCGGCAAGCUACUAAGAUUUGAUCGUAAUGACGAGCAAAAGUGGAUGCAAGCCGUUCAGCAUCUGGCAAAAGCAGGGAGAUAG